AUGAUUUCAGGAUCUCAGUGUGCCUUGUUCUUUUUCUUGUCCUUCAUUGCCUGUCAAGGAUCCCCGGUAUCUCAGAACUGUCUCAAUAAACAACAGCUCCUAUCUGCUAUCCGUCAAAUGCAACAGUUGUUAAAGGGCCAAGAGACCCGCUUUACAGAAGGGAUUCGCAACAUGAAGAACCGGCUGACCAUGCUCCAGAAUUCUGUUAACAAAGCUGUUCCAGAUGUCCCAGCAGUCUCUUGUCCUGCGCUGGAAGCUCCACCCAAUGGGAGAAAAUUUGGCAGCAAGUACUUGGUGGAGCAUGAGGUUCAUUUCACCUGUAAUCCCGGCUUCCAUCUGAUUGGCCCCAGUAGUCUUCUCUGUCAGUCCAAUGGCAAUUGGACAGGUGACAAACCGGAGUGCAAAGAUAUCAGUGAAUGUGCUAGCCAUCCUUGUCAAAAUGGCGGAACAUGUGUGGAAGGAGUCAACCAAUACAAAUGCACUUGUCCACAGGGAUGGACUGGAAACAAUUGUCAGCACCAGGCUCAGACAGUGGCUCCUGAAUGGAGUGUGACCAAUGACCCUGCCUUCAGUCGCAAGCCGCGUUGUGCCAAGGUGGAUAGGACUCAGCAUUGUAGCUGUGAGGCGGGUUUUCACAUGAAAGGCACAGCAGAUAACAGCAUAUGUCAGGAUGUGAAUGAGUGUGAAGUUUAUAAGCUGGAGGGGGCCAACCAGCUCUGUAUGCACAACUGCAUUAAUACCCCUGGAUCCUUCCUCUGCUCUUGCCCAAGUGGCUAUAGGACUCUAGAGGAUGGAAAAAGCUGUGAAGAUAUUGAUGAGUGUGCAGAUUCCCAGCAUACAUGUACCCGGGGGACCACAUGCAUUAACACAGGUGGCAGUUUUCAGUGUGUCAAUCCGGAGUGUCCAAAGAGCAGUGGUAACGUGAGCUAUGUGAAAACAUCCUCCUUCCAAUGUGAACGCAACCCCUGCCCCAUGGACAGUAAAUCUUGUCACCAUGCUCCCAAGACCAUCUCCUUUCAUUAUCUUGCACUGCCUUCGAGCCUGAAGACACCAAUCACACUCUUUCGCAUGGCUACAGCUUCAGCUCCUGGGAGGCCAGGGCCUGACAGCUUGCGCUUUGGGAUCGUAGGAGGCAACAGCCGGGGGCAUUUUGUGAUGCAGCGCUCUGAUCGACAGACUGGGGAGCUGAUCCUCGUUCAGAGCCUGAAAGGGCCACAGACAUUGGAAGUGGAUGUUGACAUGUCAGAGUAUCUGGAUCGUACCUUCCAGGCUAAUCAUGUGUCUAAGAUCACUGUUUUUGUGUCACCCUAUGACUUCUAA